GUUCUGCGCGCGAGGAGAAAACGACAUGUACUUCUCCUGGAAGAUUAUGUCACAUUAAAGGAUUUUGUUGUCUAAAGAUUAUAUUGUCUAAUGACAAUAACUAAUUGCCCAAUAGUUGUCUUCAUCUCAGUCGCGAUCAGAAUGGGAAAUACAGAUAGUCAUUCUAGCAAUUUCAUCAUCCCUGGUAAGGGAAAAUCUAGCUCCUUGAAGCUGCACACCUCAAAAGAGGAGGCACUCUCCCCACAUUCUUGGUGGAGGAGCACUAAAAGCACCUCUGGAUACAAGGCCAAAAAUGGAUUUUCACCACACAAGAACAGCCAACCUUACAUCUCCCACCAUUAUGACUGCAUUAAAGGGGGAUCAAGUGACAAAGUACCUUCAGAGAGACACAAAGACUAUGACAACCUUUUAUUCCAGGGAAAUGGAUUCUUUGUAGGCUACAAACAACAGACUGGAGCCCUCCAGGCCCCAAUGAAGAGAACCAGUUCUGAGAUUAAAGACUGUAAGAGCAGUCCCAAAGUUGUUUUUCGUGAGGAUGGAAGUCUGAGGGUAGAGUUUACCAAUGCACGGAGGGAGGCGGAUGUUGUGUCUUUGGGCAGCUGUCUCAGUGGACCUGUUGAUGCUACCCAAAGGGCCAGUAAUGGGAGCUCUCUUAGCUCUGAGGGUUCAUGGUAUGAUUCGCCAUGGGGGAAUGGAACAGAAGAUCUAUGUGAUAACGUCUUCACCACCAACCAACCUUCGGACAACAGUAGUGGAUAUACCACACUCUCAUCCACACGUACUGUAGAUUUUGGAUGUUUUAAUGGAUACAAUACAGCACAAUCUGAGAAACAUAUGGACAACCCCACCUGCCAAGCCACAGUUCAUGGCAGUCAGUAUGCAAGCAGUGAUUGCAAUAGUAAUGGGUACAAUGCUAACCGAGCUGAGGAGGACAGUGGUAUUGGAGACUCUGUGCUCCUUCAUUUGGAACAUAAUGGAUUAUCUGAAAUUUACACAAAACCCAACAUGACUGUGCCAUUCCCUACCGUGGGCAUCCUAGCGUCGGAACAGCUUGAGGAGACUCCUCACCUUCAAGUCUCACUGACUGCUUCCAUGGAUGUGAACUCCCAGGAUGAGAGUCAGAAAACCCAGAAUUACACCUCACAAACCCUUCCAUGCAGAAAAGGAGUUCCUGAUGGCAAUGCAAGGAAGGACUCGCUCAAGAGUCGCAUCCGCCGCCUCAGCGAUUGGACAGGAAGUCUGAGCAGGAAGAAGCGAAGGCUGCAGGAACCAAGUACUCUGGACUUUACAGAGGUUGUCAGCUGUGGAGCUGGGGGGACACUAGAGGAAUCCAGACCAUUUUGGAAUCCCAUGUCUUCCCAAACACAGUUGGGCUGCCCUGGUUCCUCAACGGGCCCAUUUGGACAGCAGAACCAGGGUGCGGCCUUCAGGAAGAACAUCUAUGAGAACUUUAUGCAGGGCUUAGAGACUGGCAGCAGCAGUGGAACUGCUGAUGGACUCCAGGUCUGGGAGGGUGAAGGAGAAAGCAGCAGUGGCUCAAUGGGCUCCUUGGAGCAAAUGGACCUCCUGUUUGAGAAGGAGCAAGGUGUUGUACGGAGGGCUGGUUGGUUGGCUUUUAAGCCCCUCAUUAACCUCCACAAGGACCGCAAACUGGAGCUGGUAGCAAGGCGCAAGUGGAGGCAGUAUUGGGUCACGCUAAAAGGCUGUACACUUUUGUUGGGUGAAUCCAAUGGAAAGACCACCCCUGAGCAGGAAUGCUCACCACGUUAUGCAGUGCUUGCUGAGGACAGUAUUGUACAGGCAGUUCCCGAGCAUCCCAAGAAAGAGCAUGUCUUUUGCCUCAGCAAUGCCUAUGGAGAUGUCUAUCUCUUUCAGGCUGCUAAUCAAACAGACCUGGAGAACUGGGUGACGGCCAUCCAUUCUGCCAGUGCAUCACAUUUAGCUAAGCGUCAGAGGAAGGAGGACACUCUGCGUUUGCUGAAGGGCCAGAGCAGAGCUCUCCUGCAGAAGAUCGACAUGGAUGGGAAAAUGAAGAAGAUGGCAGAGCUGCAGCUGUCUGUCAUCAGCGACCAGAAGAACAGGAAGGCUAUUGAGAGCCAGAUCCUGCAAUGGGAACAGAACCUGGAAAAGUUUAAUUUAGAGCUCUUCCGCAUGCGCUGUUACCUGGCUAGCCUGCAGGGCACAGAGCUGCCCAAUCCAAAAAGCCUACUAGCCACCGCUGGACGCCCAUCUAAAAUGGUUCUAGGUCGUCUGGGAAUUUUCUCUGUCUCUUCCUUUCAUGCGCUGAUAUGCACUCGUGAUGAAGCCAUCCUGAAGAGACGGUCUCGCUCUCAUCCUCGAGGUAUGCGGAACAAACGAGGACUGCUCUUUUCUUCACAGAAGGGAUUAGACAGUCUGACCAAACGCAACCGCGAAAAGAGACAGUCCCUGUCCCAGAUUUUUGAAGGAUAUUCCUCUGGAUCGUUCGGUCAUCCAUCCACACAAAGCAGCUCAGAGUUGGAUGUCUUUACCAAAAUGCACGUGACAGCGCCUCCUGACGGUAACCAGUGGGACUGCAGUCUGGAAAGCCGGGUGUUCGUGCUCAUGCCCGACUGUCAGGUCGUCGGUGUGCCAGUCAAACAGGACUCUCUGGUUGCUGAUGUUCUCUCAUUGGCCUGCAAGGCAAAGCAGCUUGACCCAGCUCUGCACUGCCUGCACACGAGGAGACAUCUGGGACGAGAUGUGGAGAGAAGUGUUCCAGUGCCGAGAGACCAGCUGAGGACCCUGGUUUAUGAUGAACUGGAGGUUUGGCCUCUCAAUGUGUGGACCAUAAGCAUGUCCCGGCCGGACACAACCGUAGACUUUGGUUUUGCGGUCACCGGUCAUGUGGAUGGUGCCAGGAGAAGUCAUGUGUAUGUGAGCGAGGUGAAUCCUGAAGGCCUGGCGUUUACUCAAGGUCUGAAAGCUGGAGACGAGAUCUUUUCUCUUAAUGGCGUGAGUGUAGCCUCUCUUGACCUCGGCCUCAUGCAGAGCUUCUUCAGCCAACCAGAACUCCAUCUAAUCCUCAGACGUGUGGAUAACAGCACAGACGACCAAAGCUACGUCUGGCCAGACUGUGACCCCAGUGAACCUGAUCAAGCCCAACCUCCUCAGGGCGACAUCAUUCACCUGGAGCAGUGGGGCACAGGUCCAGCUCAAGAGCAUGAAUUUCCAGAGGGCUCCACGGCGCCUGCUUUGGAGGAGGUGAACGAUAAGGCAGAGCGGGGCGGAAAGGAGAGGUCAGAGGUUAUGUGUCAGGUGGUGGGACAGAACAGUGCAGGAGGAGAUAAAGAGGAAUUCUGUGCGCUCUUCCCGCUGUCAUCACUCGGCCAGACCCUCAAGGAGAUGUUGGUGGGACUGCUGGAUGAUGUGAACGUGUGUGGGAGGUGUGAGUGCAUCUCACUGAACCCAGAGACAGUGUGUAAUCUCUACCAGACGUCCCCUGAAGGCUCCGUUCUUGUGCCAGAGGGCCACAGGACCCCUUACUCCACUGAAAAUGCCCACACCAGAUCCUCCCCCCGUCACAUGUCCGUCACAGAGCGCCUGCGCAUGGUCAUUCAAGAGCUGGUGGACACGGAGAAAUCUUAUGUCAAGGACCUUGGAUCUCUGUUUGAGAUUUAUCUGAAGCCAUUACAAAGAGAAACCUUCCUUAGUCAUGAUGAGAUGGAGUCUCUGUUCGGCAGCCUGCCAGAGAUGCUGGACUUCCAGAGGGUUUUCCUACAAACCCUAGAGGAGAGGACAACUUCCUCACCAGACUACCACGCACUAGAGACUCCAGAGAAACUCAGGAAACUCCUCUUCUCCCUGGGCGGCUCUUUCUUAUACUACGCGGAUCACUUCAAGCUUUACAGCGGCUUCUGUGCCAAUCACAUUAAGGUGCAGAAAGUUCUCAAAAGAGCAAAAACAGACUGGGCAUUCAAAGAGUUCCUGGAGGCGAGGAACCCUACCAAACAGCACUCGUCCACCCUGGAGUCGUACCUCAUUAAACCCGUGCAGAGGGUUCUGAAGUACCCACUGCUGCUGAGGGAGCUGGUGUCUCUCACCGACCCCGAGAGCGACGAGCACAGCCACCUCACAGAGGCAUUAAAGGCCAUGGAGAAGGUGGCCAGUCACAUAAAUGAGAUGCAGAAGAUCUACGAGGACUACGGCACAGUGUUUGAUCUGCUAGUAGCAGAGCAGAGUGGCCCUAAGAAAGAGGUCACGGAGAUCUCUAUGGGAGAGUUCAUCAUUCACAGCUCAGCGUUCUGGCAAAACCCUCUGCCCUCUUUGGGCCGCAUGAGAAAAGACCCUGAACUCACCCUCUUCCUCUUCAAGAGUGCACUCGUUUUGGUGUAUCGGGAAAGCAAGUUAAAGAAAAGAAUGACGUCUUCACGACCCGGGGAUCUGGAUCCGUUUAAAUUCCGCUGGCUCAUUCCUGUUUCAUCCCUUCAGGUCCGACCUGGAAAUUCAGUAGGGUCAGAGAACCCCUGUGUUUGGGAGGUUGUCCACACAAAAUCUGAGUUGGAGGGACGACCAGAGAUGUCCUUUCAGCUCUGCAGCAGUAAUCUGGAGAACAAGGCUAAUGCGGUGAGGGCCAUCCGCACUCUUCUGAGAGAGAACGCCAAGCGGACGGCUCCAGCUGAGCGACCAUUCAAAGAUCGAAACUCUAACUUCACCUUCCCCAGGAGAAACCACCCAGGAGCGCUCAGAACAAACUCCUGGCAGCGGCUGCCGCCACCGUCAGAUGGCACACAAACCUUAGACUCAGAGGAGGGCAGACUGCUUGAUGGAUACGCUCACUCCGAACCUCCCCUCAGGACCUCCAGAGGCCAGGGCUCUACUCAGAGCAAGAGAUCCACAUUGUGCUCUCUGACCAGCGCUUUGGAAGCUCAACUCCAGAGACUGAACUUUGCAGAGGAGCCAGAAGGAAUGAGCAGCAGCAGUACCAGCAGCCUUCAGGGCAGUCAGGUGACUCUUCUGGACGAGACUCCAGGCCUGGACCUCAACACCCUGCUGGCCAGGGACUACAGCGUGCAGACUUUCAGUUCCGUAGUUAACGAGGAUUGUUUUUACGACACGGUCAUGGGCAUCCAGAAAGCUGCCAUCCCCACCCUGUAGAGGAAGUCGGUGCUAUAAAGAUUAAAUGCACUAAAACAUGGUUAGCGUGCCUUCAUAUGAACAGAUUUUCAAAUAUAUCUGUAUAGCACAAAAAUCUAGUGAGCUGCCAACCUGGAUGCCAUUAUACAAGAUAAUAGGUCAAUAUUGUAGUUAUGCUGCCUUCUGAGGCACCUUGCUUUGCUCAGAUUCUAAGGCAGUAUUACAUAUUCUUAUCAGAAAUGAUCUAAGAUGACAAUAAAUGAACUUAUUAAAUACUGAGAAGUUAUUUUGUUUUGAUUAUUUGAUCAGAAAUACAAUAAAAACAUUAAUAUGAUAAGAUAUUGUUAAUUUUUUAAAGAAAUGCUUUAAUAUAUUUUAAAUGAUGUAUUCCUGUGAUAGCAAAGCUGCUAAAACUUUUUCCUUUAGACAUUUCCUUUCAUCAGUGUUGAAAACAUUUGAAAAUAUCUUAAUUAUUACAAACUUUUGACUAGUAGUUUAUAAUAAAUGUUCCAUUUAACCAGGGUUCUUACAGUCUUGGUAAAACUUGGAUACUGUAUAUGAGGAUAAAAUAUUAAAAAAAUUUAAGAAAAUAUAAAGAAUCUUUAUAGACGUGAAAUUGUUUUUGGAAAUUAAUAAUAAGGAAUAAUAACAGUCCAAAAACAUUUUUUUUAUAAAGAAUAUACAUUUUGUAAGUUAUGCAAAGCUCUAAAAUAUUUUAUUGGGUCAAACUGUGAGUUAAAUUUGAAAUACUUUAUAAAUCAUGAGAAAUGGGAAAAGUCAUUAAAUAAAUAAAUCAAAUUAAUUCACUGUAUUAACUGGUUAAAAUUAGUGAGAUCUCUAAAGGACAUUCAAAUCGAAAAACAUUUGGCAAUCUGAAUCUAUUGAAUCUAUAUGAAAUUAUUUUAUAAUAAUUAUUGUCGUAAUUCUAUCUCUGGACAUUGAUCGACUGGGAAUCAGUCGCUUUCAUCUGGGUAGUCAGCUCACUAGGUUAUGUGGAUGAACAAAUGGAUGAUCAUGCCUUAAAUUCAGAGCAAAGUUUCUUUAUCCAGAGCAUCCCAUAUGUGCUGACACAUGUAUUAUUAAUACACGAGAAAAGACUGCUUCACUGUAAGUGAAAACUGUAGCUUUACUUUUCUAUUUGCUUGGAUGACAAGGGCUCUUCUCAGCUCGAGACUGAAAUAGCUUGAUUUCACUGAGCAGAGGAAGUUUUGUCUGAAUAUAGACUAUUUCGUCUAAAUUAUGCUUGUAUAUGCUUCUGACAGAACUGUUGUGUGCACUUUUGUAAUGUGUGAUUUUAAUUAUUCGAAGGCAUGUUUUACUGUAUACUCCUUAAGUUAAAAACUUAAGAAUUGAUUUUGGUUUAAGCUCAAGUAAAAUACUGUUAUUACUGUUAAGAUAUGAAUGUUGAUAUGGUCUGUUGUCAAUUUGGCUAUUGUAAUUUAUUUGUAAAAAUAUACUGUUAUGACUUAACUAAACAUACUUUGAGUAAAUGGUUUUGUUGGAAUAUUUAAUAAAGAUUGUGUUCUAUAACGUCUUGA